UGCCCAUUGGUCGGCUCGGCCGGCGGCGCGCUCCCAUUGGCCGGCGCGGGUGCCAGUCGCGGCGCGGCCGCCGCCGGGCCGCCGUGCCGGUGGAUGUCAAAGGCUGGCGCGGCGGCGGCGGCACAGUAUAACUCGUGGGGCUGCCGCGGCCAUGGCCACAGCCGCCUCCAACCCCUACGGCCUGCUGGGCGCCGGCGCGCUCGCCCACGCCGAGGGCGCGGGCAUGCAGCAGGGCAGCCCGUUCCGCAGCCCGCAGAAGCUGCUGCAGAGCGAGUACCUGCAGGGCGUCCCCGGCAAUGGGCACCCGCUGGGGCAUCACUGGGUGACCAGCCUGAGCGACGGCGCGCCCUGGCCCGCGGCGCUGGCGGGCGGCCCGCUGGAGCAGCCCGACGUGAAGCCGGGCCGCGAGGACCUGCAGCUGGGCGCCAUCAUCCACCACCGCUCGCCCCACGUCUCCCACCACUCGCCCCACGCCAACCACCCCAGCGCCUGGGGCGCCAGCCCGGCUCACAGCGCCUCGCUGGCCGCCCCCCCCGCCGCCGCCGCCGCCGCCGCCGCCGGGCAGCCCCUGAGCGUGUACUCGCAGGGCGGGUUCGCGGUGGGCGGCAUGCUGGAGCACGGCGGGCUCACCCCGCCGCCCGCCGCCGCCGCCGGCCAGGGCUUGCACCCGGGGCUGCGCGGCGAGGCCGGCGGCGAGCACGGCGAGCUGGGCGGCCACCACUGCCAGGACCACUCGGACGAGGAGACGCCGACCUCGGACGAGCUGGAGCAGUUCGCCAAGCAGUUCAAGCAGCGCCGCAUCAAGCUGGGCUUCACCCAGGCCGACGUAGGGCUGGCGCUGGGCACCCUGUACGGGAACGUCUUCUCGCAGACCACCAUCUGCCGCUUCGAGGCCCUGCAGCUCAGCUUCAAGAACAUGUGCAAGCUGAAGCCGCUGCUGAACAAGUGGCUGGAGGAGGCCGACUCCUCCACCGGCAGCCCCACGAGCAUCGACAAGAUCGCGGCGCAGGGGAGGAAGAGGAAGAAGCGGACCUCCAUCGAGGUGAGUGUCAAGGGCGUGCUGGAGACGCACUUCCUCAAGUGCCCCAAGCCGGCCGCCCAGGAGAUCUCCUCGCUGGCGGACAGCCUGCAGCUGGAGAAGGAGGUGGUGCGGGUCUGGUUCUGCAACCGGCGGCAGAAGGAGAAGCGGAUGACCCCGCCGGGCGAGCAGCCUCAGCACGACGUGUACUCGCACGGCGUGAAAACGGACACGGCCUGCCACGACCUCUGACCGCGGGCUCCGGCCACGGGACUGCCCGGCCGCGGGACUGCCCGCCGGGCUUUAACUUAUGGUUUCGGGAGACGCGGCGAGGGGUCCCCGCCCGCCGCCGCCUCGGCAAUAUUAUUAUUUCUUUUUUUUUUUUUUUUUUUUUUUCCUCUCUCCGCUGAUCACACACGGUGUUUACUC